AGUUUUGCAACUUUGACAUUCGAUGUUGUAUGUGCGCUUAGUUUUUCUUUUUAACGAAGUAAUCAAAAUACAGCAAGAAAAUUUAUAUUUGGUCGUGAUUUAGUGAUUCGAACAGAACAGUAGUUAUUGGAAAGUUUAAUGCAUAGAAUAUGUCGCCAAACGUUACACAGAUUGUAUAAUUGAGUUCAAUUGAAUGAUAAGAUUUAGUUGACUGUUUGGAGCACACAUAUUGGCAUUGAAUGUGAUUCAUACAACAACUAUAGCUGCAGGCUAACUAUUUCUAUGAAUGCUGAUUGCAGGAAGAAGUCCGGUGAAUACAUUAGGCAGAGCACAAAAGAAGUGAAAGCACAAAGCAAUUGGAUUAAAAAUUGCCAACUCAGGAAAGGCAUAUUGUAACUGACAGCCAUCACUUUAUCCAUUCCACUAGUUAAGGAACUUGUAACGUUUCAAAAUUUUAUUUGUCACGUUAUUUGUUGCUGUAGUUGCUAUUGUUACAGCUGUCCUAUUGGAAAUUCGCAAGUGGACAACUGAUGUGACUACAUGCAACUCCAUGGCACAUUUCACUUGGUACAAUAAACACAACCUGCCUCAGUCAAGUGUCAGUCGUGCUGACAUCGAGCAUCAUGUUCCGCUUUGUUCUAUCACUGAUGUUCAGUUGAGGUUCCUUGUUCCAGACGACUUAACUGAGGUGAGAACAUUGUGCCAGGAUUGGUUUCCUAUUGAUUAUCCACUGUCAUGGUACGAAGAUAUUACUUCGAGUUCGCGGUUUUUCGCACUUGCAGCUGUUUACAAUCUGACGAUUAUUGGAUUAAUAGUAGCUGAAAUUAAACCAUACAAAAAUCUAAACAAAGAGGAUAAAGGGAUUCUACCCGAUUCGAUGGGACGUAAUGCUGAUAUCGGGUAUAUACUAUCAUUAGGGGUGCAUCGGAAGCAUCGUCGGAACGGAAUUGGCUCAUUAUUAUUGGACUCGUUGUUGAAUCAUUUGACGACCGCCGAACGACAUUCAGUGAAAGCAAUUUUUCUACACGUGCUAACCACAAACCAACCUGCCAUACUAUUUUAUGAAAAACGAAGAUUUCACCUGCAUUCUUUCCUUCCAUACUAUUACAAUAUACGAGGGAAAGGGAAAGAUGGUUUUACUUAUGUCACUUACAUCAAUGGAGGUCAUCAGCCAUGGACAUUAUUAGACCAUUUCAAGCAUUACGCAUCGAAGCUGCGGCACGCUGGUGUAGUUUUCACAUGGAUUUCGGCGCGCUUGAGGCAAGUUGUGCGUUGGAUAUGCCAUAAAACAGUGUCACGUUUUAAUUUUGCACAUUAAGUACAUCAACGUUUUUCACAGUAAGCCCACUGUUGCACCACGUUGUAUAUACGAGGAAAAGAUGGAAAUCCAAAUCUGUAGAUAAAUAAGAACAUGUAGUAUGGUGCUAGAAAAAUAGCAAAUAGGAGAAGAGUACAUAUGUCUUUAGUUAUUCAAUAUUAAUGAUAUAUAACACGCGUUUUUAAACAAAUAUGCGAACAUAAUCAUGGUUAAAUUGUUGACUGCGUCCACACAUACGUACAUAUACGCAUACUGACGUGCAUGAAAACUUACUCUAAGUAUAGUAUAAUUGAUAAGUAAUUAAAUUUUGUAUGUGACCCCUGAUAUAAAAAGGUAUUCAUAGAACACGUGUGUAUUAAUGGAGUAAACAGUCAUUAACAUGUGUGUGUAACAAAUAGGAUUUCCUUGAGAUUUUGUAGAACCUUAUUUCAGUUGCUCCUUUAUGAAUUUAAAAAUAUUUAAAAAUGUAAUCAUUUGGCUUACCAUUUUUAAAAUUUACACCAUCCAUACUCGUACAUCCACACAAUACAAAACUUGUAUUAAUCCACAAUAAGUACAUUUAAGGAAGGUUUUAUUUCUUAUCACAAGAUAUUGUAGUCAAUUUUCUAUUUUUUUAACAAUUUCCUAUUUUGUCUCUCGCGUUUUUUGUUUGUACUGUUUCAUGUAAAUACCACAGAUUUUAUUAUUGUUAAAUGAGUUGUAUAUGAAGCGAAGGUCUCUCUGUUAUAUAGUAUAAUUUUAUUCAGUUUCAGGUCAUAAAGUACAAUAACCGAGCAUCAAUAAAGACAGUAUGUUAUAGAUAAUAUUUAAACGAAAUAAAACGGAAUAUAUAUACCUAUAUCAUUACCCACACACAAAAAAGUUGAUAAUAUAUGUAUGUGUGUAGCAAAUAGGACUUUAUUUCAUAAAGUUACAUGAGCUGUAAGUUCUAAGAUGCCUGACUUAAUAAUUUAUUAACCGUAGUGCACCCAAAGGCCAACACUUCGCCUAACUAACUUCCAUAUUGAUGUUCGGAACUCUCAAUUGAACCAAUUUAAAAUUUCCCAUGCUUCAUCAGCGUACAUAUUCGUAGUUACAAUAAGCGACAUAAAACAACUAAGCGUGCGUUGUAAUUGUAAAUGUGAAAGGAAUGUAAUGUAAUGUUUCCAGUUUUUUGUUUCAAUUGUAUGCAUAGUAUUUUGUAAAGUAUUUUUAAAACACUCUAAUUAAAUAACAUUUUUAAUGCAAAUUUUUAUCUUUUUGUAGUAAAUUUAAAAGAGAAAUCAAUGUUGAAUAAAAUGUAAGCGGAAUUAUA